AUGUCUCAAAAUCUCAUAAGCCCACCUGCUUCAUCUUCCAUGAACAUGGAAGACCACUCGCUGAAGCCUUACAUCCCUAAUACAGAUGCUUCUCUUUCCAACCACGGACGAGGUGGACCUUCCAUUGAUGCUCAAUUUGCUUAUUUUUGCAAGACUAGAUUGUCAUUGAAUGAAAACACUUACGCAGAGGCUAUGAAACUGUUUAGUGAAAGCAAACAUCUUCUAUCUACAAUUAUUUUUGUUAUCGGAACUGGAACGUGGACUGGUGGUGGUGGCGGAGGCGGUGGUGUUGGAGGAGGAUCAGGCCAAGGUGGUGGAUUUGGAGCUGGUGGAGGAGUAGGAGGAAGUGGAGGUGGUGGCGUUGGUGGGUUUGGUGCUGGUGGAGGCUUAGGAGGCGGAGCUGGUUGGUGGCAGCUUUGGCAGCGGCGGAGGUGGGCGAAGAGCCAAAUUGCCCAUCAAAAGGCAUUGGAGCUCAGGAAAACGGCUAAGCAGGCCAUGGCAGAGAUUGAAGAAAAAACAACUGAGCUGAAGAAGUUCCAACAAAGAACGGCUGAGCUAGAGGCUGAGGUAGCUCGUCUAACCGGACUAGUUACCUCGGAUGAGGCUGACAAACAGAAGGCAUUGAUCGAAUAUGUGUCAACUCAAGGAAGUCAGGUUUGCGCGGAUAGUGUGUUGGAUUACACUACUCAAUUUACAACUGAACAGGUAUUCAAAAGUAAGGAUGAAUUGCUCAAUUGGGUAUGUGAAGUUGGAAAAAGAAAUGGUUUGGUCAUUGUAAUCAAUACAUCAGACUAUGGUGGAGAGAAAAAAAGACCCAGGAUGUAUCUUGCUGUAUGCGGAUUGCAUAACCAUCCACCUGCAGAGCACCUUAAGGGACAUUCAUAUGCGGGGAGGCUGUCAAAGGAUGAGGAAGCAUUGCUAAUGGAUAUGUCAAAGAGCAUGGUUCAGCCAAAAGAAAUCCUAAUAACCUUGAAACAGCGAGAUGCUUUCAAUGUAAGCACACUUAAAACCAUUUACAAUGUACGCCAUCGAAACAAGGUGGUACAGAGAGCUGGAAGAUCACAGAUGCAACACUUAUUGGGUAAAUUGGCCAAGGUUGAGAGUGCACAUGCAAAACUUAAAAGACAAUUGGAUUCAUGUCAAGUCUCAUUUCAGGCAUCAUUUGAGAAAAUACACAGUCUGUUUGAGUUGCAACACACUGAUAUCAAGGCUUCAUUUGAGAAAAAUCUAACUGUUGUGCAACAUCAAUUUAAACCUUCUCAGUUCAGGGAGCUACGGGGUAAUGUGUCUAUCUCUACAUUAGAGUAUUUGCUUGUAGAGAGUAAGAGAGCCAAUUCCAUUGGUAUUGAUGCUAAAGCUUGUGGAUUCGUCAUUCGCCAUGCUCAUGGUUUACUUUGUGCCCAUGAGAUUGCUGACUACAUUAGACAAUAUCGUCCUAUACCAUUUGCUACCAUACACUCACAGUGGAGGCAAUUUCAUAUCUCUAUAUGCAACAAAGAAGAGGAAACAGAGGUGACUUGUCAUGCAGAAGUAGAGUUGUUUGUGAAAAAGUUCAAUGAAAGUGAUAGAACCAUGCGGUUGGAGCUUUUGAAGAAGUUGAAAGAGAUUCAAUGUGCUGACCUUCAAGGACAUGCGUCAUAG